CCCCUACAAAAACCUUCUCCCCCCUCCUCCCAUUUAAUUCCGGGGUCGCGUUUCCUCUUACGUCAUCCCAUAGCUUGUGUUUGUAAAUAGUUGUUUUGAAAAAGAAGAAGGACUUUGAUUGGAUGUCCUUCCCUGCUGCCCCGAGUCACCAUGUGGACACACGCCUGCCGCCUUCCUUCACUGCUGCCCCGAGUCACCAUGUGGACACACGCCUGCCGCCUUCCUUCACUGCUGCCCCGCGUCACCAUGUGGACACACGGCCGCCUUCCUUCACUGCUGCCCCGAGUCACCAUGUGGACACACGCCUGCCGCCUCUGGCCUGGAAGUAACUCCGCUUGUCGAAGGAGUUUCUUCGGCGUGGUGCUGUGGAGACCGUCACGUUACCGAGCUCACACUGACCACCUGACCCAGCCAGCAGCCGCACUUCACGGCCACCAUGCUGCCAGCUGUGAGGCUCUGGUGUACAAACAACAUGGACAUCCUGCCGCGGUCAUCCAGUUGGAGGAAGUGGAUCUUCCACCUGUUGGUGCCAAAGACGUUCUGGUUAAAAUCCUGGCGUCUCCCAUCAACCCAGCUGAUAUCAACAUGAUCCAAGGGACGUACGCUAUCCUCCCCGACCUCCCUGCUGUCGGCGGCAACGAGGGAGUGGGCCAGGUAGUGGAGGUGGGCAGCCAGGUGACGUCUCUCCAAAUAGGAGACUGGGUCAUCCCCAAAGAUGCCAGUCUAGGGAUGUGGAGGACCGCCGCCGUGGUGAAGGAAGACGCCGUCAUCUCAGUGCCCAAUGACAUUCCUCUCUUGUGUGCCGCCACCUUGGGCGUGAACCCCUGCACGGCGCUCCGAAUGCUGUCGGACUUUGAGCUCCUCAAGCCAGGUGAUUCAGUGAUCCAGAAUGCAGCCAACAGUGGAGUCGGGCAGGCGGUCAUUCAAAUAGCUUCAGCCAAAGAAAUAAACACCAUCAAUGUGGUCCGAGAUAGGCCGGACUUCACGCAGCUCAGUGAUAGGCUGAAGGCCCUGGGAGCCAGUCACGUGAUCAAGGAGGAAGCACUUCGGCGACCUGAAAUGAAAGAACUGUUUCAGGUGUGUAGUUCCAGCUCAUCCAUUUUCUACCGCUUAUUCCCUUUGGGGUCGCGAGGGACGCUGCUGCCUUCGCUACAAUCGAGCCGAAGGCGGGAGACGUGCCCGAAGCCGAAAUUAGCCUUGAAUGCAGUUGGAGGCAAAAGUGCGACGGAGCUGCUUCGUCAUCUACAGCCGGGGCGGUCCAUGGUGACCUACGGGGGGAUGUCCAAGCAGCCCGUCACCGUCCCCGUGAGUGCUCUUAUUUUCAAGGAUGUGAAAAUUUGUGGAUUUUGGGUCACACAGUGGAAGAGAGAUCACUCACACGAUCCGGGAGCGUUGCGCUCCAUGCUGGAUGAAGUGUGCUCCCUGGUCCGCCAGGGGAAGCUGAGUGCUCCUGCCUGCAGCGAGGUGGGUCUCCAUGACUACAGCAAAGCUCUGCAUGCCGCCAUGCAGCCUUUCACCUCUGCCAAGCAGAUCCUGAUCACCUGACUUGUUUUAUCACUCAAUAAACAUCCAACACAUCA